AUGCUUUUUGCACCUGCCGCUUUGAGCGGUGCGAUCCGCUGCAGAGCCCGCAGGGAUCGUGGGGGCCGGUUGUGUCCUGCGUGCUCAGGAGCUCAGGGGCCCCCUGAUCCCGCCAAGCCCCCUCCAGGAGCGGAAGGGUUAAGAAUGAUGAAGGGAAAUGUCAGAGGAACAAUAACGCCAGAGCCUCGAACAGCUGCUAGCGAAUUCCACCGGGAGCUGGUGGGUACCUUCCCAGCCCAUCCGAUCUGUUCCGGACCGCAAGUUACAAUCGGAUUUCCAACGCGGUGGGGUGAUAGUUUUACCAAACGUCCGGAAAGGGCUCGGAACACGGUUCCGCAGAGGCGAUUGGCUGCGAAGAGACCUGCCGCCAGGCGCCUGGUAAAAGCGCCCACUUCCUCUCAGGAGCAGGAGCUGGAGCGGGAGACAGGAGGAAACAGUAAAUCGCGGAAAGGGGUUAAGGGAAUAGAAGAGGAGGGAGCGCGAAGGAGGUUGGGCCCGGGCGCGACGGACAGGACUCUCAACAGGCGGACGCGGAACUCAAAUUACAAUGAGCAAUCUGAGGGUGGGAGCAGGAGCAGGGGCGGGCGCUUUGUCCCCUGCGAGUGGCCAGCUGAGCCCAGUGGACCAGCGCUUGCAGCCAAUGGGAGAUAUCCGGGCUGCAGGCGGCUGCUCGCUAGGGCUGGGCGCGCCUCCAGUGGGUCCACGCCCGCUGAACCCACGCUGGCCGGGACCAGGGCGCCCGCGCUUUGGGGGCCGGGCUCGGCACUAAGCUCACCGUCUUUGUGUCUUUUCUCCCGCCCCCUCUGCCCCGCCUGCUGCCGCGAUGCCGCUGCGCCCCGUUGCCGCCGCCGCCGCCGCCUCGCUCCGCCCGCGGCGCGCUUUUCGCUGCGGCGGAGGAAGAAGAGAAAGCGAGGCACGUCCCCCGGUCCAUGCCGCAGCCACGGCCCCGAACCCGCCACGGCGCCCGUGCCGCCGCCCUCGCCGGAGCCCACGAGACCUGCAUGGACGGGCAUGGGCUUGAGAGCAGCACCUUCCUGCGCCGCCGCCGCCUCCGCCGCUGCCGCCGGGGCUGAGCAGCGCCACCGCCCCCAGCUCUCCCCGCCGCCCCUGGCGUUGCUGCUGCUGCUGCUGCUCAGCCUCGGGCUGCUCCACGCAGGUGACUGCCAACAGCCGGCCCAAUGUCGAAUCCAGAAAUGUACCACGGACUUUGUGUCCCUCACUUCACACCUGAACUCUGCCAUUGACGGCUUUGACUCUGAGUUUUGCAAGGCCCUGCGUGCCUAUGCUGGCUGCACCCAGCGAACUUCAAAAGCCUGCCGUGGUAACCUGGUGUACCAUUCUGCUGUGUUGGGUAUCAGUGACCUCAUGAGCCAGAGGAACUGUUCUAAGGAUGGACCCACAUCCUCUACCAACCCCGAAGUGACCCAUGACCCUUGUAACUAUCACAGCCAUGCAGGAGCCAGAGAACACAGGGGAGGGGACCUGAGCCCUCCCAGUUACCUUUUUUGUGGCUUGUUCGGAGAUCCUCACCUUAGAACUUUCAAGGAUCACUUUCAGACAUGCAAAGUGGAAGGAGCCUGGCCACUCAUAGAUAAUAAUUAUCUUUCAGUUCAAGUGACGAAUGUGCCCGUGGUCCCUGGAUCCAGUGCUACUGCUACAAAUAAGAUAACCAUCAUCUUCAAAGCUCACCGUGAGUGCACAGAUCAGAAAGUGUACCAAGCUGUGACAGAUGACCUGCCGGCCGCCUUUGUGGAUGGCAGCACCAGCGGUGGGGAUGGCGACACCAAGAGCCUGCUUAUCGUGGAGAGGGAGAGCGGCCGCUACGUGGAAAUGCACGCCCGCUACAUAGGGACCACGGUAUUUGUGCGGCAGCUGGGUCGCUACCUGACCCUCGCCAUCCGCAUGCCUGAAGACCUGGCCAUGUCCUAUGAGGAAAGCCAGGACCUGCAGCUGUGUGUGAAUGGCUGCCCCCUGAGCGAGCGCAUUGAUGAUGGGCAGGGCCAGGUGUCUGCCAUCCUGGGGCACAGCGUGCCUCGCACCUCAUUGGCGCAGGCCUGGCCUGGCUACACACUGGAGGCUGCCAAUGCUCAGUGCCACGAGAAGAUGCCAGUGAAGGACAUCUACUUCCAGUCCUGUGUCUUCGACCUGCUCACCACUGGGGAUGCCAACUUCACCGCCGCUGCUCACAGUGCCUUGGAGGACGUGGAGGCGCUGCACCCGAGGAAGGAACGCUGGCACAUCUUCCCGAGCAGUAGCCACGGGACACCCCGUGGAGGCGGCCAUUUGUCUGUCAGUCUGGGACUCACAUGCUUGAUCUUUAUUGUGUUUUUGUAG